CCGCCAGGGGGCAGCUGUGUCUCGGUCUGAGCCUGCGCCGCUCCCGCUUCAUCACAGAGAGGAAAAUACCACCAGAUGGCGGUUUAGGAUUGCUGCUCUUAUCUCAAGUCGCGGUUCCGCUCGCACGGCCAAUUUUCAAUAUAAAUAUACAAACUAUAUUCAAACUAAAAACGUUUGCACGUUUCGGAAGGCGAUAACCAGUUCGGCGAUGAUCGUUAAAGAGAACCACCUCUGUCUAAUCUGGGUCCACUUCUGCUGAAACAAGCUAAAGAGAGCUAAGUGCCGGCAGGUAGAGCGCUGUCCAUCCAAAAGUCUCUCCUCCCCACCCUUCCAGGAGGUUUUCCCCCUUCAGACCGGCCGUCCUGCACCAUAGUUUUCACACCUCAACUACACUCAUUGUUGAAGACACACACAAGCAGAGCUGCAGAGGUCAACUGCUCCCUCACUAACCAAGAUGAUCACCUCGGAGCUUCCUGUCCUACAGGACUCCUCCAAUGAGUCUGGGGCGACAGAUACUGUAAGCUUAAGCAUGAACAUGACUGAGAUGGAAGAUCCAGAGAUGAAAGGCAAGAAGAAGAGAGGGAGGCCGGGAAAACAGACGCAGACGUCCAAUAAGAAGCCCCGGAAGUCUACGACAGACAAGGCGUUAAGCAUGGCCAGAGGGAGGGGGAAAGCAAACGGUGUGGCUCAACAGAACGGAAACGGAGGGGAUCCUGUCACUCUGUUUGAAGUUGUCAAACUGGGGAAGAGUGCAAUGCAGUCUGUGGUUGAUGAGUGGAUUGAGGCAUACAAGCAAGAUAGAGACUUAGCUCUGCUGGACCUCAUCAACUUUUUCAUCCAGUGCUCCGGUUGCAAAGGCACUGUGAGGAUAGAGAUGUUCAGGAACAUGCAAAAUGCGGAGAUUAUCCGUAAGAUGACAGAGGAAUUUGAUGAGGACAGUGGAGAUUAUCCUCUAACUAUGCCCGGCCCCAUGUGGAAAAAGUUUCGCUACAACUUCUGCGAGUUUAUCGGCGUUUUGAUCCGCCAGUGUCAGUACAGCAUCAUCUAUGACGAGUACAUGAUGGAUACAGUAAUUUCCCUCCUUACUGGACUGUCGGACUCCCAAGUGCGAGCCUUCAGACACACCUCCACGCUAGCAGCAAUGAAGCUGAUGACAGCGCUAGUUAAUGUUGCACUGAACCUAAGCAUUCAUCAGGAUAACACCCAGAGGCAAUACGAAGCGGAGAGGAACAAGAUAGCUGGCAAACGAGCCAAUGAGAAGCUGGAGCUGCUGCUACAGAAGAGGAAGGAGCUCCAGGAAAAUCAGGAUGAAAUAGAAAAUAUGAUGAACUCCAUCUUUAAGGGCAUCUUUGUGCAUCGCUACAGAGAUGCUAUUGCUGAGAUUCGAGCCAUUUGCAUUGAGGAGAUUGGAGUGUGGAUGAAGAUGUACAGCGAUGCAUUCCUCAAUGAUAGCUACUUAAAAUAUGUUGGCUGGACACUACACGAUAGGCAAGGAGAGGUGCGUCUGAAAUGCCUGAAGGCUCUGCAAAACCUUUACACAAACAGAGAGCUAUUCCCCAAGCUUGAGCUUUUUACCAACCGCUUUAAGGACCGAAUUGUAUCGAUGACGCUGGAUAAGGAGUAUGACGUGGCUGUGGAGGCCAUCCGACUGGUUACACUCAUCCUGCAGGGCAGUGAAGACGCUUUGUCAAAUGAAGACUGUGAGAACGUGUACCACCUGGUUUACUCGGCUCACCGACCCGUUGCAGUUGCUGCAGGAGAGUUUCUUCACAGAAAGUUGUUCAGUCGCCAUGACCCACAGGCCGAAGAAGCUCUGGCUAAACGGAGAGGGAGGAGCAGUCCCAAUGGGAAUCUCAUCCGUAUGCUGGUUCUCUUCUUCUUGGAGAGCGAGCUUCACGAGCACGCAGCGUACCUGGUCGACUCGCUGUGGGAAAGCUCUCAGGAGCUGCUGAAAGACUGGGAAUGCAUGACUGAACUUCUGCUGGAGGAGCCUGUUCAGGGAGAAGAGAUGUUGUCAGAAAGACAGGAGAGUGCAUUGAUAGAGCUGACUGUGUGCACCAUCCGACAGGCAGCCGAGGCACACCCACCUGUUGGCAGAGGCACUGGCAAACGAGUCCUGACAGCUAAGGAGAGGAAGACCCAAAUAGACGACAAAAAUAAACUCACUGAACACUUCAUCAUGGCUCUUCCAAUGUUAUUAUCCAAGUACCAGGCUGAUGCAGAGAAAGUAGCCAAUCUGCUGCAGAUCCCGCAGUUCUUUGACCUGGAUGUAUACAGUGCUGGGCGCAUGGAAAAGCAUCUGGAUGCCUUACUGAAGCAGAUCCGGUUAGUGGUGGAGAAACACAUUGAGACGGACGUGCUCGAGGCCUGCAGUAAAACCUACAGCAUCCUGUGCUCUGAGGAGUACACCAUCAUGAACCGCGUGGACAUCGCUCGCUCACAGCUCAUCGACGAGAUGUCCGAUCGAUUUGUUCACUCGGUUGAAGAGCUGCUGCAGGAGGGGGAAGAAGCUGACGACGAUGACAUCUACAGUGUUCUGUCUACUCUUAAGCGACUCACAGCUUUCCAUAAUGCUCAUGACCUAACAAGGUGGGAUUUGUUCGGGAAUUGCUACCGGCUGCUGAAGGCGGGCAUAGAGCAGGGCUCCAUGCCAGAGCAGAUAGCUGUGCAGGCCCUGCAGUGCUCUCACUACUCCAUCCUGUGGCAGCUGGUGAAGAUCACAGAGGGGGUCCCCAGCAAGGAUGACCUCCUAGCUCUCAGGAGAGUGGUGAAGUCUUUCCUCGCUGUAUGCCAGCAGUGUCUGUCCAACGUCAACACGCCAGUUAAAGAGCAGGCGUUCAUGCUCCUCUGUGACCUGCUGAUGAUAUUCAGCUACCAGCUAAUUACUGGGGGCAGAGAGGGUCUCCAGCCGCUGGUGUUCAACCCAGACAGUACUCUACAAAACGAGCUGCUAAACUUCGUCCUGGAUCAUGUCUUCAUCGACCAGGAUGAUGAAAACCAGAGCAUGGAGGGAGACGAGGAGGACGAGGCCAAUAAGAUCGAGGCCCUCCACAAGAGGAGGAACCUGCUCGCUGCUUUCUGCAAGCUCAUAAUCUACGACAUCGUGGACAUGCCUGCUGCUGCUGAUAUCUUCAAACACUACAUGAAGUACUACAACGAUUAUGGCGACAUCAUCAAGGAAACACUCAGUAAAACGAGACAGACGGACAAGAUUCUCUGUGCUAAAACACUCAUACUCAGUCUGCAGCAGCUGUUCAAUGAGCUCCUGCAGGACCAGGGUCCCAAUCUGGAUCGGACAUCGUCUCACGUGAGCGGCAUCAAGGAGCUGGCCCGCCGCUUCGCUCUGACCUUUGGCCUGGACCAAAUCAAGACCAGAGAGGCUGUCGCAACGCUACACAAGGAUGGAAUAGAGUUUGCAUUCAAGUACCAGAAUCCUCGAGGGUCGGAGUUUCCUCCCAUCAAUCUGGCCUUCCUCGAGGUCCUGAGUGAAUUCUCCUCCAAACUAAUAAGGCAAGACAAAAAGACAGUUCACUCUUACCUGGAAAAGUUCAUGUCGGAGUCGAUGUCGGAGCGUCGGGAGGACGUGUGGCUGCCGCUGAUCUCCUACAGGAACAGCCUGCUGACGGGUGGCGACGAGGACCACAUGUCCGUCACGUCGGGCUCCAGCAGCAAGACUGGCUCAGUGCGCAGCAAGAAGGGACGGCCCCCGCUGCACAAGAAACGCAUCGAGGAGGAGAGCAGUGUGGAGGGAUCAUGGAUGAUAAGAAACGACACGCUUCAGACGCCGAGUGCACUCCAGACUCCUCAGCUCACCUCAACAGUUCUCCGAGAGAACAGACCCGCAGAACAUAUGCCUGAUCCAGACUCAGAACCAGGAUCGGAGAACGACUACGUCCACAAUCCUCAGAUGCAGAUGUCAUGGCUCGCCCCGCAGAAGAUGGAGGAGGUGAACAGAAAAGACCGAACGGGCAUGAACUACAUCAAGUCGCGAAGCAAUCAGGGCGUCCGGCAGACUGUCCGCGGGUUGAUGGAGGACGACGCAGAGCCGAUCUUUGAAGACGUGAUGAUGUCAUCGCGGGGCCAACUGGAAGACAUGAACGAGGAGUUUGAAGAUACCAUGGUGAUCGACCUGCCGCCAUCAAGGAACAGACGUGAAAGAGCAGAAUUAAGACCAGACUUCUUUGACUCUGCAGCAAUGAUAGAAGAUGAGUCGGGAUUCAGCAUGCCCAUGUUCUGAUCCGGAACGUGUUAACAUCACGACUUCAGCAUCCUGAUGGAGGAGGAAACUGAAAGGAGGGCCGGUCUGGGACGGCUAAACCUGGACCGCCUAACAAUCAAACUCUUUACGAAGAAGAAUAUACUGUGUUAAAAAGUGUUAAAGUAUGUCUAUCUUUCUCUGAGACACGAUGGAAGGAUGUUCGUCAAGUGGAUCAGCACCAGCUGGAACCAACCUGGAAGAGAGGAUCCACUCUGUUCUCCCUCACACAGACUAGAGGGUCUGCGGUCAGAAUUAUUCAAGAACUUCGUCGCUUUUUGUGUUCUUCCUCCUUUUCCUCCGCAGCCCGUCGGUUUAGCUCUCGUCAGUAGGGGCUCCGAUGGCCCUCUGGCUCUUAAACCCUCUGGCCGGCCCAGUUUUUACAGUUCCUGUUACUGCGAUGCACAGAUUUCCACUCAUGAUCAUAGAGCACCAUGGUUCUCUGUACAGCCCCCUCCUCCCCCUUCUUUUGGUGUUGCACCUUAGUCCUUCUGGUUGAAUCAAACAUAAACAGGAUGUCUCUCCUCAAGGUUCCACUUCUCUGCUGUUGAGCGCUGGCCCGUCCCCUGCUGUCUGCUCGCCGUCUCUUGUAUGUGGUGUUUGACGUGAAGUAUUGGUGUUGACGAUGGCCGAGUAGCGACACACCUAGACAAGAGAUCAGCAGCUCUCGGCUGACCCAGAGGAAGUCCAAGCAUAUCGAGUAUCGAGGUCUGUUUGACUGUGAGGAGCAAAGAACCCCGGCCCCCCUGCUGUCUCACACUCUCUAAAUAAGUUUUUUUGAAGUAAAAAUGCUUUAAAAAAAAUAUAAACAUAUUUUCAACUCUGUAGCUUUAGUACUAAAGUUUUAAAUCGAGUGUGUUUUGUUUGUACAGUUUUUUUCUUGAAUACGUAUGAUGUUUGUUGCCAAAUUGUGGCCUACAUACUACCAAGUAUUUUCCCUCCCUCACCUGUUAAGGCGGUUACCAUAGAUACCAGCUUUUAGGCGCCAUGUCAUCUGAUUGUAAUUAGCAGCAGAACAUCUGUGCCGUUCCAUCACCCUACAGGUUAAAACGAGCCGCUUACAUUUUUUUUUUUGCACCCGCAUUCAGUGUUAACGGAUCCAGGAAGUUCUAGAUUUUGUUGUUGGUCAUUGUUCUUAUCCAGUGCAGUGAUGGGUCUUUGUCUGGCAGAUGUGUUUGAAUGUGUUCUGAAUGUUUUCAGCCAUACCUUUACUCGCCCUCUUUUGGGUCAACAAUCACUUUUCUCAACCUCUUUCGCUGUAAAUAUCAGAGAGGAUUGGAUCGUUUUUUUUCUGCCAUGCAGUUGACAUCGGUUGCCCCGACAUACUAUCAAAGCCUGUUUUUCUGUGAUCUUAAAAGUCUUUUUAAUAAAAUAAAUCUGUAAUCAGUUUAUGAACUAA